AGAUGAUGGCUGGAGCGAGACAGAGCUCGAUAUUGCGUUCAAUGCUGUCCUCCAGUGGCUGCUCGAAAAAUAUUAGCAUUUCUGCAACGUCUACAAAUGGAGACCGCUUCAUACUUCCGGGCAAAGUGGCAAUGACAACGAAAGCAACGUUCAGACCAUUUGUGUGAGUCACGAAUCUGCCUUGAAACUGAAAUGGCUCAGAUCCGCCUGAAAAUUCUCCCCAGUGUCCGCUGUGUCUUUGACAAACUGGUUCAAGUUAAAGUCGAGGGUCUCGCUCCCCACAAACCGGUGGAAUUGAGGUCGAGGUUGGUUGAUGACAAAGGGGUGGUUUUCAAAGCUUCCGCCCUCUACAAAGCUGAUGAAAAAGGCUUGGUAGAUGUGAGUAGUGACCCCUCUCUGGGAGGAAGUUACACUGGAGUGGAGCCCAUGGGUUUAUGGUGGUCCAUGGUGCCAGACACCCCGCACAAAAAACUUGUGAAGAAGAAUGUGCUGAGCUCAACUCUUGUGGAGAUAGCAGUCCACAAUGGAGGUAGUGGAGAGGUGUUAGCCUGUGAAACCAAUGAGAGAGAAUACAUGAUGGAGGGCAUGAGGAGAAUUCCUGUGCGAGAGGGACGUGUGCGAGGAGUCCUCUUCGUACCACCAGGCAAGGGGCCAUUCCCUGGAAUUCUAGAUUUAUAUAUUUUAGGUGGAGGGCUCAAUGAGCAGCGAGCCAGCCUCUUGGCAAACAAAGGUUUUGUUGUGCUGGCACUGGCCUAUUAUCGCUACCAGGACUUACCCAAAAAUCCCAAGAACUUGGAUUUGGAAUAUUUUGAAGAGGCUGUGAACUUUCUACAGAAACUUCCAGAGGUUCAAGGUCCUGGGAUUGGCGUCAUAUCAAUGUCCCAUAGUGGUGCUUUGGCUUUGUCGAUGGCAUCGUUUUUCUCAGGAAUCACAGCAACUGUCUGUAUUAAUGGCUGCAGUGGAAAUACUGUGAUUCCAUUACACUACAAAGACAUAGUUAUGCCCGCACUCCGACCAGUCUUAUGGAAAAUCAAAAUCAGGAAAUCUUGGUUGAUUGAUAUACGUGACGUCACGCCGGAUCCAACUCUGACCAAAAAUCGAGCGUCUUUGAUUCCUAUAGAGCGAGCCACCUGCCACUUCCUGUUUGCUGUUUCAGAAGACGACCGCAACUGGAACAGCGUUUUUUUUGCCAAGCAAGCUGCUGACAUUUUGAAAAGUCAUGGCAAGGAAUCCUUUCAGGUGGUUUCUUAUCCAAAAGCUGGACACUUCUUGGAAGUCCCUCACAUGCCAUUUUGUCCAUCUUCUUUCCACGCUGCAGUGGGAAGAGCUGUGGCGUUCGGUGGGGAGCCAAAGGCCCACUCGGCGGCUCAGCUGGACCUUUGGCAGCGAGUCCAAGAGUUCUUUAAUAGACACUUGAACAACAAGCACGCUUAUUAGCAAGCAUCAAGUGUGCCAAGCCUCCAAGACUCACCUAUUUUACACAAAAUUAGGUCAAUACAACAAGGACACUUACACACUUUAUUAGUUAACUGUCUCAAUAAUUAUGAAGGUCUAACUGGAUGGCAAAACACUCCACUUAACAGUACUACAAAUGAAUGUCUCCAAAAUGAUAUUGCUGUCUAUUGAAUAAUAUACAAAACACAUUUAAAGACAACAUAAAUACAUGUGAAAUUGCUGUAAAAUCUCCAGUCUUAUUUAUCUCACAACAACACUAAAACGGUUUUACAGCUUUACAAUCAUGCCUGUUCUUCAGUGUUAGCGAAUCAGAUUGCAAAGUGGUUGCAAAUAAUCUGUAGCAGGAAUAAGAUAAGAUCAUUUAAAGCAAAGCAAAGCCAAUUUAUUUAUAUAGUGCAUUUCAUACACAAAGUAACUCAAUGUGCUUUACAUGAUUAAAAGCAUUUAAAAAAGGAAAAAAAACUGCUUUUAAACAUUUAAAACAAAGAGGAAAAAAAUAAAAGUACAAUUCAAACAGCGUGCAAUGCAAUAACUAUCAUUUAAAAGUGGAAAUGCUCUAAAAAGCAUGAGAAAAAAAGAAGAGUUUUUAACCUGGACUUAAAAACAUGCGCACUUGGGGCUGACGUCACUUCUGUUGGCAACUUAUUCCAUUUGUGUGCAGCAUAAUAGCUAAAUACUGCUUCACCAUGUUUGCUUUGGACUCUGUGCUCCACUAUUUGACCUGAGUCUGUUGAUCUCAGAGCCCUACUGGAUUUAUAUACCAUUAGCAUUUCUUUCAUGUAUUCAGGACCUAAACCAUUUACUGAUUUAUAGACCAGUAGCAGAACUUUAAAAUCUAUUCUAAAGCUGACUGGGAGCCAGUGUAAAAACUUUAGAAUUGGAGUAAUAUGCUCUGACUUGAACUUAGAUUCAUAAAGUACGGUAAAUCUCCACCCCUUUGUGCACGCCUAAGAACAUCAAGUAUAAAACAGUAAGAAACACUUGUGCCAAAAGAGCCUGCGAGUGAGGACUUGAUUCAUGCCUUAAAAUAGUUGAGAUAAGUAGUUGGGGUUAUGAUUUGCGUUGUGUUGGCUGUAAACAUGUCUGUUACUCGAAUUAUCAAGUUUGGACUUGAUUAUUUGCUGUCACAAUUAAGAUAAACGUGCACAUGCAAGAUAAAGACGAUUACAUCAAACCAUAAAUAUGUCAUAAUCAUGUCGCAUGGGCGCUUUAAAUUUAACCGCCACGUGGAGGUUCCAGCCCACCCGCGAGGACACGAGCAAUAGAAAAUGGAGGGACUGAUGUUUAUUUUCCCUGAGGCUAAUACACAAACAGAUGUUUUACUGAGCAGUGGAAACCUUAUAAUAUCACUGGGGCAAAUGUAAACAGACCAGCAGUUUAAUAUAAAGUGCAAUUUCUGUAAUCUAAAAUUGUAAAAAAACAGAAACAGUCCAUGGACUCCCCUAAAUCCCUUUUAUUCUCCCGGUUGCCUGAGCAAAAAUCACCGUUGCAUUAUAGGCUAUAAACGUAGUCAUUUCACAUUUAGGGUUAUUAAUAACAAACAUUGGCCUCAACAUAGUUUCUUAACUUCUUUCAGACAGCUAAGACAAACAGAGAGGAAUGAAAAAUUGUGAUUAUUUGUAAUUCAAUUAAUAAAAUUUGGUCCAAAUAAUAAUAGGUUUCAUCGGCAGCAUCUCUUAUAAUUUAGCUACGCGAUUGGUUGUUUUAUACACUCCUGUCCAGGAUGUUUACAAUACAGUACAAUAUUGUAGGUUGACAAUUAUAAUAAUACAACAGAAUACAGAGUGGGAAAAUAAAAAUGGCAGUCUUUUUGUGUUUGUCACAGUGGUUAAUUUAGGAUUUCAAAAUGAAAACGUCAUUUAAAACAUUGCCUAUCUAGUUACUAAUUGUUUCAUGUGGGUGAUAGUUUGACUCUGGAAUUUAUUAAUGAAAGUCUCAUUAUUUUCUGUGGGGAAAAGAAUUUCAGGAAUACAGCAAACAAAUUAAAGCCAGAACAGAUUGCGGUCUUGGUGGUUCCACUUUAAGUUCCGCGAACUGACAAUUUGCAUGCUUUUUCAGGGUCCUUCAAGCUUUUACAGUGGAUAAUCACUGAGGUGUCACAUCAAUCCAAAAACAUAAAACACACAACUUCGGCGCAAACAGUUUCAACAUGACAGGUUUUACUGUCAUCACACAUUAUAAACUGAGUACCCCAUACACGACGCCACACUUUGACAAUCACUUAUUGUAUCUAGACUAGAGCAAAAUGACAUCUCAGGCAUAUACAGGGUUACAUAUUUCAGAAACCACCCUGAGGCACUUGGGAGGAAUUGAUCAUCCCAGAUAAUUAUGGGCAGCUGCUUCCUCAGAAAAGCCGUUUUCUCUUUAUUAGCACGACCAAACAUGUCAAAGUAUCAAUUCUGCGGAGGUUUGCAGGUAUGAUUUGAAUUUAUGUUAAAGGAGGUUUAAUGUUUUUACAAGGCUUUUGUAGUGCGUUUUUCGAUUGGCUUUAUGAACAGUGUAAAUUUGUCUUUCACUUUUGUGGCUUUGUAUGAGUUUCAAUGUGCAGACGUCAGGCCACCAAUGGCUUUGUUUUUUUCCACAGCAUUUAUUUUGACAGUUGACACUGUACCGUCCUCAGUAAGACAUUUGUGCUUUGUAUGAGCUAGACAGCGAGCUAAACUGAACAGAUGAUGCAAGACACGUCCUCAUAGCUGUUUGCAGCUUUGUUUGCUGCUUAAUAAUAUACUGUACUUUAAUAUACUAUGUUUAAUAUACUACUUUAAUACACAUUAUAUGGCUUUUAUAUAUUGUCUUGACAUCAGGCAGAUUGACAUAGUAAAAAGUAAAACAUUACGACAAAUCUAGCUGUCUAUUCAUGACAUACAUUCACAGUAAGUGCAAAACAGAAACUUAAAUCAGCUGCUAAUGUCAUAGUCACCAAGUGGUUUGCCAUAAAAAGAUGACAUAUUUAAGCGAAAACAGGAACCAUGAAGCUCUAUGAGGUACGCAUUAGUCUGCAUGCAAUCCAUCUUCAUACAUAAAAAUACCAUUUAAAUCUCGCUAGAAUAUUUUAAUAAACAUGUCCCAAGUAACUUCACAAACUUGUUUUUUUCCCUCCCGCACAAAUUAACAAGCAAUGACAUAACAGCGUCGCUUCUGCAGGAGUUACACAAAGUUUCAUCCUGCACGCAUGGAUUGGAAGUCUUUUUUUCCCUCCUUUGCAGAGGUGAUUGAGCUCAUGGCCAGGUAAGAUAAAUUUCACUGUUUUAUAAAUUUCAAUUCAUUCCCACGUUUCUGGAAGAAAAAAAAAAACUUUUUGGGAAAGUCUGUGACUACUGUCAAAUCUGAUAAAGGUUAUCUACUGUAAAUGUUGAGCCACAGCACAAGAGGAAUGGUUUGGAAUCAUAAAAUAAACAUAUUAUAACCCUAAUUCCUGGGUAAAUACAAUUCAUUCAUCCAUCAACAUGGGUUUUGCGGACCGAUGUUUUAGUUCUGUAAUUUCUUGUGAGUGGCUAGUGUGGUCUCUUGGGCGUGCAUGUAAAGAUGAAACUUGGUUAAUUUCGCCUCAUUAAGGCAGUUUUUAUUUUAUAUGCCUGUCUAUGGCAGUGUCUAGGUGGGUCACCCUAGGCGAGACUUUAUUUGGCACCCGCCUUCAUUUGUCGUUUACAUUUGCAGAGGUGGGUGUCACAAUGUGAGAGUUUCAUGGAAGUCCCAAGUCACUGUGGUGAAAAUGAAGCAAGUUGAGUUCUAAAUUUAAAGCCAAAUGUCAAGUCAUUACUAGGUUUAAGCAAGAUGUAAGUCAAAUAAUACAUAAAAUUCUCAGUUACAGUACAACAUAUAUUGGAGUGAUCAUAAAAUGUUUUUUUCACUCACCAGAACACUAAAAAGAACAUAUGGCAUCAUCAGAUUUAACAACCACAUAUGUUGUUGAUCGCUUUAACAGACGCUGUGGGAGUGCCAGUAAAAGUAACGUUCAGACCAUUUGUGUGAUUCC